AUGCGACGAGGUCGCUCGCCGAGUUCGGGGUCACCUUAUCGGGCGCUGGCCCAUCACCAACAGGCCAGUUCGCCUUCGACACCCACCGACCCAAGCUCCGUAAUCCGAUCUUUCGAUGUCGACAGUAACCCUGCCCGCCCGGUGCGGCCCUCGCCUUUGGCGGCCUCCAUAAUACGCGAUAUGCCCUUGGAUCUGGUUGAACGAAUACGCUCCUUUCCCUUGUUCGUUUCUGCUCCUGGAGACUUCCUUGUUGCCAUUGGUAAUCACCUCAAACCUCAGAUUAAUGGGCCCAAUGACCACAUAAUUACAGAAGGUGAUGACGCAAAGGCCAUGUAUUGGCUGGUGCGCGGCGUGGUAGCUGUCACGUCCCGUGAUGGGGAGGCUGUCUAUGCUGAACUAAAGCCCGGCGCCUUCUUCGGUGAGAUAGGCGUUCUCAUGAACAUGCCACGCACAGCAACCAUUGUGGCACGCACAAAAUGUCUCUUGCUUGUCUUGAAGAAGGAAGACUUGCAACUCAUCAUGCCUAAGUUUCCAGAUAUGGAGAAGACGAUUCGAGAAGAGGGCCAGGAGCGGCUCAACUUACUAAAAAAACAGCGACAGGAACGCGGAGCUAGCCUGAAGGCGCCCAAACCCGAUUUUGCUCCCCGAACGACUGUGCCUGGUGAAGUUUCAACUGGUGAGAGUGGGGCCAUCAAAGACGGAACAGUUAUCAACUCCAAGAAGCGCAAGUCACCAAGCCCUGGCGUUAUAGAGGAUCCCGCGGUGGGCAGCGCGAUCGGCAGUGGCUAUGUGAAUAUUCGAAAGACCCUGAAGGAGUUGCCCCUCUUCUCGACGUUGCCGCCCGAUAUCCUCCACUUCCUGGGUCUCAGUGUACAACCGAAGACCUACCAUCCCUUUACCGAUAUAGUCUGCCAAGGCACCCGCGGCAAUGACAUCUACUUCAUCGUGCAGGGCGAGGCCGAAGUAUUUCAUGAGCAACCCAAGGAGCAGGAUGCCUCCGAAGAAGCUACGAGAUCAAUACAACACCGGCCACGGUUGAAAGCUGGGCAGUACUUUGGGGAAGUGGCAAGCCUAGGACUGUCGCCCGGACGGACGGCAACGGUACGAUCUAUUACAACAGUGGAGUGUCUCAUGGUCCCUGGGGAGGUUUUGGAGGAACUGUGGCGAAGAUGCCCGCCUGGCAUCAGAUAUCAAGUCGAAGAGACGGCCAAGCUGCGACUGAAAACGCACGAUGAGGAUGUCGAUAUGACGGGACACGAUGACAAAAUCAUGACCCUUUCUACGUCGGAUGUACCAACAUCAACACCAAGCACUCCCACUGGAAGCACGUUGCCCAACCUUACCUUCACUACCCCAUCGAGCCAAGGGUCGCCCAGCAAGGACGACUCUGAGACUAUGGAGCUCAAAGACCCAGACCCUUUCUUAAGUGUCCCUAUGGAGAACCUGCGGAACCGGAGACGGCACUCUCUUGCACCACCGAACCCUCAAGCAGAAAGCCCAACGACGAGUCGACAAAAUGGCUAUAGGCCGUCUCUAAUUGACCUUACGCCAAUCAAAUUUAGCCAUAGCGAGACAUCUUUUGAGUCUGGCGCACCGGCGAAACGAGCCAGGACAGCGACGAGUCGAUCCCUCUCGCUACCUGCCACACCCCCUCUUUCAGACGAGGUCUUGGUGCGGAUAUUUAAGCAUUUGGAUAUUCGAGAGCUGAUUCGCCUACGAAUUGUGAGCAACCACUGGAGACAACUUCUGACAACAUGCCCCGAAGUGUGCAAUGAUGUGGACCUAUCACAUUACAACCGCCAUGUUACUGACCACUCCAUUAUUCACAUUUUGGCCCCUUUCAUCGGAAACAGAGCCAUCUCUAUGGACCUGAAUAAUUGCUUUCAUGUCACGGAUGAGGGGUUCGCAGCCCUCUGGCGACAAUGUGGCAAAAAUAUCAAGAGGUGGCGCAUGAGGUCGGUGUGGGAUGUUUCAGCCCACCAAAUUCUAGAAAUGAGUGAAAAUGCCAAGCAGCUGGAGGAGGUGGAUUGGAGCAACUGUCGAAAGGUCGGGGACAAUCUACUUGGCCGUGUGGUGGGAUGGGUAGUGCCAGAGUCCCCGGUUGCGAAGAAGAGUGUUGCCCUUUCUGCCUCGUCACAGAAACGGCAACAAGAGGAAGCGAGACCGAAGCCGCCAAGUUCGAACAACCCCCCUCCGGGAACGGUCAUGGGGUGUCCCAAGCUCAGCAGGCUGGAUCUAUCGUAUUGCAAACAUAUUACAGACCGGUCAAUGGCGCACUUAGCUGCACAUGCAUCUGGUCGGUUGCGCUCGUUGACCCUUACUCGCUGCACGUCCAUCACAGACGUCGGCUUCCAGUCGUGGGCACAGUACAGAUUCGAGAAGCUAACUCAUUUGUGCCUGGCUGAUUGCACAUACUUGUCGGAUAAUGCAAUUGUAGCGCUUGUCAAUGCGGCGAAGAAUCUGACAAACUUGGAUCUGUCGUUUUGCUGUGCGUUAUCGGACACUUCGACCGAGGUUGUUGCUCUGGGGCUUCCAUUGCUACGUGAACUGAGGAUGGCGUUCUGCGGUAGCGCCGUGAGCGAUGCGAGCUUGGAAAGCAUCGCUCUACAUCUUAACGAGCUUGAGGGCUUGAGUGUUCGCGGGUGCGUGCGGGUUACUGGUAAGGGCUUGGAGAACAUUCUACGAGGCUGCACGCGUCUCAAGUGGACAGACGUGAGCCAAUGCCGCAAUCUCGAGAACUGGCUUCGAGCCGGAAGCAUCGCCAAAUGGGGAUUCGACGACAGAGCCAGAAAGCCGGUGACGCCCACGGGCCUCUGGGCAGCAGCAGCUCGCGAAGGCACUGGAGAAAUACCGGCACAGAAGACGAUGAGCGUAGCCAUGCUGACCACGCCGAGCUUCCUGCCCCGAUCUGGGUUGGGCCUUUUGGGCCGAAGGGCAAGGGAGCCGGUGCGAUUCAUCAUUGAAAAGGGCGUUCAAGGACUGAGGUAG